CUUACGAAGUAGAGUGAGGGUUACAAUGAAACUUACUAAAGGAGUUGAGAAAUCGAUGGAUUAAAGUUGCUAGGCUUUGGUUUUCUUAUGUAUUAGUGUUGGCUACAUGAGUUCGAGCAUGCUAACAAAGUAACAUUGUAAUAGUUGGAAAUGGCGGGAGUCUAUAUCGUUGUAGCUAAUGUUACAUUAAGCAAUAUGCGCUUUAGCUGAACAAAAUCAACAGGUAGCCAAUAUUGUUCUCGUGUUUACUUAACGUUGGACCUCGAUACCAAAUGGGAAUACGUUGCUAAUAUUUCACUUUUCUUAACUCUUUUUCAACUCUCGGAUUUACCCAAACAUGACGCCUGACCUCCUGAACUUCAAAAAGGGAUGGAUGUCAAAACUGGACGAGAAUGGAGAGUGGAAGAAACAUUGGUUUGUUUUGACUGACGCUGGCCUAAGGUACUACAGGGAUUCUGGAGCAGAAGAGAAAGAUGACCUGGACGGGGAGGUUGACCUGAAGUCCUGUGUGAAAGUGUCAGAGUAUGACGUGGAGAAGAACUAUGGUUUCCAGAUUCAUACCCGAGAGGCAGUGAUCACACUGUCAGCCAUGACAGCCGGGAUCAGGAGGAACUGGAUCGAAGUCCUGAGGAAGAGCGUGCGUCCUAGUAGCUCACCUGACCUCACACAGCUGCCCGACAGCAACAGUGAUAAGGAGAACUCGCACACACGCUCCUUAUCCUUGGCGCGUCGCCACCACUCCCAGUCCCAGCUCCACGCGGACACCGGCUCCUCGGGGUCCGCCCAGCGCCGGUGUGACUAUGUGGAGCUGUCUCGGGUCAGCGGCCCGGGGUCGAGCGCCCAGAGGGAGUCCGGCGAGGGCCAGGUGCGGGACAGCGGCUCCAGCCGCGAGGAGGAGCAACAGCGGGAGUCUAGCACCCGCCAGUGGGAGGCUAUCAUCAUGUCCGGCAAGGGCCCUGGCGGCGACGGCCGGCUGAGGAUCGAGGAGGAGAUCGAGAGGAAGUGGGCCGAGUUCGAGCGGCUGCCGCUGAAGGAGAUGCGCUCGUUGCCGGCGACGAUGGGCUCGCGGGCGAGCUCGGGCCCACUGGCUAGUGAGGCGCUACAGAGGGAGGUGGCGUCUCUGAGGCAACAGCUCGAGCAUCUGAAGAAGGGGGGCGAGGGAGGGGGGGUAGGGGGACGAGAGACAGGGCGAAAAGAGGAGAGAGGAGGAAGAGGUGGCAGCAGCAGUGGCGGCGGCGGUGGUGCGGGCGCUGGCACCGGGGGUGAGUGUGGGCCACUGGCCCCGUGUGGGCGAAGCCUGCGGGCGAUGGAGCUGGCCCAUGGGCACGCCCUGGAGGAGCUGCAGAGGCAGCACGCACGGGAGAUCCAGCAGAUGCAGCAGGAGAGGGACCGGCUCCUCCAGGAGGAGACCCAGGCCACGGAGAAAGCCAUGGAGAUCCUCAAGAAGGCCCACAGAGAGGAGCUGGAGCGUGAGCUGGAAAAGGCUCGCAGGCUGGGCUCUGCUGGGACGGACACACAGGCCCUGACCACGCAACAGCGGGCAGAGACGGCUGCGCUGCAGCGGGAGCUUCAGGGUCUCUCGGAGCGCUACUCUCAGAAGUGCCUGGAGCUGAACCGUGUGGCGCAGAGUAUUGAAGAGCGCGAACGGGAAGCCAGCCGCAAAGAGCGAGAGAUGCAGGUGCUCAAGCAGGAGAACCAGGACCUGCAGGCGCGCCUCACCCAGGAGGUCGGCCGCAUGCGCUCCUUUGUCACAGGCCAGGGGAUGGAGGGCAUCGCCGACACCCACAGAGAAAGGAAAUCCUGUGAGCUGGAGGUGCUCCUGAGAGUAAAGGAAAAUGAGGUGCAGUACUUGCAGAAGGAGAUAAACUGCCUGAGGAAUGAACUGCAGUGUCUUAACUCGGAGAAGCGUUCGGCUUGUGAGCGUUAUAAGGAGGUGCACGAGGAGCUGAGCGGCAUGAAGAGCAGGAGUGAGCGGGAGAUCCAGAGCCUCCGGGAGCACCUGAAGCUGGCCAUGGCUGCCCUACAAGAGGGCCAGCAGCUUGGCAACAGCCUGGAGCACUGAUGUCCUGAAGCUCCUCGAAAACAGGAUGGGCAAGAGCAUGCUGUUUAAAUGGAAACCGAAACCUUGAAGACAUUAUUCACUGGCAAUGCGGAUGCUGCAAGUGCCUUUGCUUUCCAAAUCAGCCACUCAUCUGCAAAGACUCGUCAGUUGAUCAGUCAUACACUGGGUUGCCCAAAAAUGCACUUUUUUUACAAAAGAAAAA